UGGAGCCGGAGCGGCUCCGAGAGCCGCCGUGAGACGGAGCCCUCCCGCCCUCCCCCGCGAUCGCGGCUCUGCUGGAGGGACGUUCAAAGAGGUGAAGGUCUGGAAACAAAAAAGUCGCGCCUGGGACACGAUUACGCAGCCGAUUCUGGCCCCAACCCGGAAGUUUAUGUCGCGAACACGUGUUGGUGGGAAGGUGGCCGGGCUGCAGCCGCCGACCCUCCGGCCCUCCCACCGCCUCCCCUGGGGCUUCCCCGCCCGGCAGAGCCCUCCCGGGGCCCCGCAGCCUCAGGGGAGCUGAACCGCAGCGACAGACACGGCCUCAAAGUCCAGGGACUCAAACACAGGUUGCUAGGAGAUGGUGGAGCCAGGACAAGAUCUGUUGCUUGCUGCUUUGAGUGAGAGUGGAAUCAGUCCAAAUGAUCUCUUUGAUAUUGACUCUCCGGACGUGGUUCUUGCAAAUCCAGCACCAACUCCAGCUGUUCAGCAGUCAGUACCUCUUAGUGCAUUAGAACUGGGCCUGGAGGCUGAGGCUGCAUCGGCUGUGAAACAAGAACCAGAGACUGUUUCUACUCCAGCCUUAUUAAAUGUUCGGCAACCACCAUCCACCACAACCUUUGUGCUGAAUCAAAUAAAUCAGCUUCCAACCUUGGGGACUACAAUUGUGAUGACAAAAACGACGCCUGUCACGACCACCAGACAGACCAUCACUGUAGCAAAGAUCAUCCAGACCAGCACAACCACCCGGCCCUCGGUGGCAGCACCAGCAGUAAGAAAUGCCUUGACCACUGCACCUUCCAAGGACCAGAUUCAGCUGAAAGAUCUGCUCAAGAAUAAUAGUCUUAAUGAACUCAUGAAACUGAAGCCACCUCCUAAUAUUGCCCAACCAGUAGCAACAGCAGCAAAACUAAUUGUAGUUUCUUCUAAGGUGGUAAAUGCCACCAGACCAGCUGACCUGAGCAAUGGUGCAGUGAAGAAGGAGGCUUCCACAAAAGAGGUAGCAAGAAUAUGGAUAAAUGACAUUAAAAUGAGAAGUUUCUCACCUACCGUGAAAGUACCAGCAGUAAAAGAGGAGGAGGAACCUGAGGAAGAAGAUGAGGAAGAAAUGGGCCAUGCAGAGACUUAUGCUGAGUAUAUGCCAAUAAAAUUAAAAAUUGGGCUACGUCAUCCUGACCCAGUAGUGGAAACCAGCUCGUUAUCCAGCGUGACUCCUCCUGAUGUGUGGUACCAGACAUCAAUAUCAGAAGAAACAAUUGAUAGUGGCUGGUUGUCAGCUUUGCAACUUGAAGCAAUCACUUAUGCAGCCCAGCAACAUGAAACAUUCCUGCCCAAUGGAGACAGAGCUGGAUUCUUGAUAGGUGAUGGUGCUGGUGUAGGAAAAGGAAGGACCAUAGCUGGAAUAAUCUAUGAAAAUUACUUGUUAGGCAGAAAAAGAGCAGUCUGGUUUAGUGUGUCAAACGAUCUGAAAUACGAUGCUGAAAGAGAUUUGAGAGAUAUUGGAGCAAAAAACAUAUUGGUUCAUUCAUUAAACAAGUUCAAGUAUGGGAAAAUCUCUUCCAAACAUAAUGGAAGCGUGAAGAAAGGUGUCAUCUUUGCUACCUAUUCUUCUCUUAUUGGAGAAAGUCAGUCUGGAGGGAAAUACAAAACCAGAUUAAAGCAGCUGCUUCACUGGUGUGGUGAAGACUUUGAUGGUGUUAUUGUAUUUGAUGAGUGUCAUAAAGCAAAGAACCUGUGUCCUGUUGGUUCAUCAAAACCAACAAAGACAGGUCUGGCCGUACUGGAGCUUCAAAAUAAACUUCCCAAAGCCAGGGUUGUUUAUGCCAGUGCCACAGGUGCAUCUGAGCCAAGAAACAUGGCAUAUAUGAACCGUCUUGGAAUUUGGGGUGAAGGAACUCCCUUUAGGGAAUUCAGUGAUUUUAUUCAGGCUGUUGAAAGAAGAGGUGUUGGUGCCAUGGAAAUAGUUGCUAUGGAUAUGAAGCUGAGAGGAAUGUACAUAGCAAGGCAGUUGAGCUUUUCAGGUGUAACUUUCAAAAUCGACGAAGUUCUGCUUUCACAGGAAUAUGUUAAAAUGUACAAUAAAUCUGUGAAACUGUGGGUCAGUGCUCGGGAGAGGUUUCAGCAGGCGGCCGAUCUCAUCGACGCGGAGCAACGCAUGAAAAAGUCCAUGUGGGGGCAGUUUUGGUCAGCACACCAGAGGUUUUUCAAGUACCUUUGCAUAGCCUCCAAGGUGAAGAGAGUGGUGCAGCUUGCUCGGGAGGAAAUCAAGAAUGGCAAAUGUGUUGUCAUUGGCCUGCAGUCAACAGGGGAAGCGAGAACAUUGGAAGCUUUGGAGGAAGGUGGAGGUGAACUGAACGACUUUGUUUCCACAGCAAAAGGAGUAUUCCAGUCUCUUAUUGAAAAGCACUUUCCAGCUCCCGACAGGAAGAAGCUGUUUAGCUUGUUGGGAAUUGAUUUGACUGCUCAAAGUAACAACAAUUCACCCCGAGACAGCCCUUGCAAGGAGAACAAGAUAAAGAAACGAAAAGGUGAGGAGAUAAGCAGAGAAGCCAAGAAAGCUCGCAAGACAGGGGGCCUUGCAGGCAGCAGCUCUGAUGAGAGUGAGAGUGAGUCUGAUGCUUCAGAUAAUGAAGAAAGUGACAAUGAGAGCUCCAAAUUCUUGAGUUCUGGAGAUGAUGAUGACUUCAACCCAUUCAGAGAUGAAUCCAGUGAGGAUGAUGAAGAUGAUCCCUGGCUCAUUAGAAAAGAGCAUAAAAAAAAUAAAGAAAAGAAAAAGAAGAAAAGCAUAGACCCAGACUCCAUUCAAAGUGCCUUACUAGCCUCUGGCCUGGGAUCCAAACGACCCAGCUGCUUCACUUCCACUGUUGGUACCACCACCUCGAGUACCAACACGUCUGCAAACAGCAACACAAACAGCAGCUUUGUAACGAGUCAGGAUGCUGUUGAAAGGGCCCAACAAAUGAAAAAAGAACUGCUGGAUAAACUGGAAAAGCUGGCUGAAGAUCUUCCACCUAAUACACUGGAUGAGCUUAUAGAUGAACUGGGUGGUCCUGAAAAUGUUGCAGAGAUGACGGGCCGCAAAGGGCGGGUUGUGAGCAACGACGACGGCAGCAUUUCCUACGAGUCCAGGUCUGAGCUGGACGUGCCUGUGGAAAUCCUGAACAUCACAGAAAAGCAGAGGUUCAUGGAUGGAGAUAAGAACAUUGCCAUCAUCUCAGAGGCUGCCAGCUCUGGGAUAUCAUUGCAAGCAGAUCGGAGAGCCAAGAACCAGAGACGGAGAGUUCACAUGACCCUGGAGCUGCCCUGGAGUGCAGACAGAGCAAUACAGCAGUUUGGAAGAACUCACAGAUCCAACCAAGUGACUGCUCCAGAGUAUGUGUUCCUCAUUUCUGAACUGGCAGGAGAGCAAAGAUUUGCAUCCAUAGUUGCAAAAAGACUGGAGAGCUUGGGAGCCCUCACCCACGGGGACAGAAGGGCCACAGAAACUCGAGACCUCAGCAGAUUCAAUUUUGACAACAAGUAUGGCAGAAAUGCUUUGGAGAUUGUUAUGAAAUCCAUUGUGAACUUGGACUCCCCAAUGGUCUCACCUCCUCCUGAUUUUCCUGGAGACUUCUUCAAAGAUGUUCGUCAGGGAUUGAUCGGCGUGGGCUUGAUAAAUGUAGAAGACAGAUCUGGAAUACUGACACUUGAUAAAGAUUAUAACAAUAUAGGGAAGUUUCUGAAUCGAAUUCUUGGAAUGGAAGUCCAUCAGCAGAACGCUUUGUUCCAGUACUUCUCUGACACGUUAAAUGCAGUUAUUCAAAAUGCUAAAAAGAAUGGGAGAUAUGACAUGGGCAUCUUGGAUUUGGGCUCCGGGGAUGAGAAGGUAAGGAAGGCAGAUGUUAAGAAGUUUUUAACUCCUGGAUAUUCUACCUCUGGACAUGUAGAGCUGUACACAAUCAGUGUGGAGAGAGGAAUGUCUUGGGAUGAAGCAACAAAGCUCUGGGCUGAACAGACAGGUCCAGAUGAUGGAUUUUAUUUAUCACUACAGAUAAGAAAUAACAAGAAAACAGCAAUUCUAGUAAAAGAAGUGAAUCCUAAAAAGAAGCUUUUUUUAGUAUACAGACCAAAUACUGGGAAACAACUCAAACUAGAAACAUGUGCAGACCUGAAAAAGAAAUAUAAGAAGGUACCCUCUGAGGAUGCUCUGCCACACUGGUUGGAGCAGUACAAUUCCUCUGCAGACACCUGCACCCACGCCUACUGGAGAGGCAAUUGUAAGAAGGCAGGUCUGGGACUGGUGUGUGAGGUGGGACUGCGCUGCCGGACCUACUACGUCCUGUGUGGCUCCGUGCUGAGCGUGUGGACAAAGGUGGAAGGAGUUCUGGCCUCUGUGAGUGGGACAAAUGUGAAGAUGCAGAUUGUUCGCCUGAGGACAGAGGAUGGGCAGAGGAUCGUAGGUUUGAUCAUUCCUGCAAAUUGUGUGUCGCCCCUCGUGAACCUCCUGUCGACGUCCGACCAGUCGCAGCAGCUCGCGGUGCAGCAGCAGCAGAUCUGGCAGCAGCACCACCCCCAGAGCAUCACCAACCUCAGCAACGCAUAGGAGGAGGACAAGCUACAGGUGUUGACUCUGGUGUUUUGAGGAAAAGGCUGUAAAAGCAUAUCACUUGCAUAAAAAUCAGGGACAGAUUCCAAAGAAAUAUAACUUUUUCAGUUCAGUUGUGUGCUCUCAAAUACUUUGGGAAUAAAGAGAUCUAAAAAGGUUGGUAGAACUGAAAGCCA